GAAAGAGAGAUAGCUACACGAGAUAAGCGUCGAUAUAAAAAGCUGUUUGGAGUUUUUUGCUACUUUAGUUGUUAUUUAUACUUCACAAACUAACAUCAUGGCGAAACGAGUCAUUUUUGCUUUGCUAUUAUUGUACAUUGAACAAGCACUAUCCUUUCAGUGCUAUGCAUGCUUAAGCUAUGUGAGUUUCGCUGAUUGUGACAGCAAAGCCACCAAGGUGGAUUGUGACACACUGAAACCUGACCUUCCAUGGAUUCCCGAAUUGAAUGGAACAUUUGCUUGCGGCAUGGGAAGUGGCAGUAGUCCGAACGGGAAAAGUUUCAUCAAAACGUGCGUUCCUAAAAUGUCGGAGACAGAAUUUUGCGCAUUGCUUACAUCGGAAACGGUCGGCGGUACCGUAGACGUCUGUAAAGUAUGCACCGAGAACCUGUGCAACAAGGGCCCUGAACAGGAAGGGUUGACGGCCGCUUUACUCUUGUUAACCGUUGGUUUAUUGUUGCGCGUGCAAAGUGUCCCUGUGGUGUAGUGUUUGUGUUUAGGUUGUGAUCAAAUCAAGGGACAUUUUGAAGAAUAUUUCAUCGACUAAUAAAAAAAAUAAAAAUUAUUUUAAUUUCAUUA